CACUCAGCUCAUGAACCUCCUCCAUCACCUCUCGUCGCCGCCGUAUUCUGCGCUCCUCCCGACAUCAAUCGCCGUUGGCAACUCUUCCUUCCUUCCUCCUUCUCAGUCUCAACAAUAGCAGUCAACCCUGGUACAACGUCGCUCACCAUGCCGAAGCGAAAGAGCCAAAAGCCAGCGCGAUCGCACCGAUCGACCCUCUCCCUCCAAAAGACCGAGAUCCUCAUCAACGUCUACGACCUCCUGCCUCCGGGCCGGCUGUGCACCGUCCUCUGGCACCUGGGCACCUCGCUGCUGCACUCGGGCGUCGUGAUCAACGGCAAGGAGUACGCCUACGGCGGGCACGACCAGCCGGGCGUGACGGGCGUGUACUGGACGAAGCCGAGGACGGAUCCGCCCGGCGGCCGGUUCCGCUGCGAGUACCUGCACGGCUUCACGCUGGCGACGCAGAGCGAGAUCGACGCGAUCGUGCGCGCCGCGUCCGACGAGUUCCUCGGCCCCGGCUACAACCUGCUGACGCGCAACUGCAACCACUUCACGUCGUACCUGUGCGAGCGCCUAACGGGCAAGCCGGCGCCGGGCUUCCUGAACCGCGCGGCCAGCAUCGGCGUCGCGCUGCCGUGCGUGGUGCCCAGGGAGUGGAUCGAGGUGCCGGACUUUGAGACGGCCGAUGGCACGCUCCUAGAUGACGAGGAUGAUGGGCCGCAGCAUCACGGCGAGCGGGCUAGGAUGCUGAGGUCCUCAGACGAGCAGCCGCGGUUGGUCGGGCGGGAGGGGCAGGAUGCGGCAGAGGAGUGGAAUAGCGAGGACGAGCGCCGGCGGGGCGGCAGCGGCAAGGGGAAGGGCAAGGCGCCGGUCAGGGAUACGUCAGGGAGGGCCCUUCCCCCUGCAGAAACAGCGCCGAUAACUUGACGCUGGCGCUGGCGCUGGCGCACUGCUGUUCUCUGCUUCCUGACCGCUUUUCUCAGCAUUUUGCUUUCGGCGUUUCGAUGGGGUUUUGCUCUUCUUUCUCCACGUGAUACCACAGUUGGCUCGGCUGGUUGGGGAAGUACUUACUCGGAUCGG